AUGACUAUUAAGCUCUACGCCAACCUCGUUAGCCAACCCGCUCGUGCAGUCGAGUGGAUCUUGCGUCUUAAGAAGCAGGACCACGAGUUGGUGGUCAUGGAUUUCGGCAGCCCCAUUUUCAAAUCGGCUGAGUUUCUAGCCUUGAACCCCAACGGACUGAUCCCGGUCCUGCAAGAUGGAGACUUUUCAGUGUUUGAAGGGAACGCCAUCAUGCAAUACCUGGCUGAGAAAUUUGGGUGGACGGAUUUGUACCCGACCGAUGCGAAGGCCCACGCCAAGGUGAACCAGUAUUUGCACUGGCACCACACGAACGUUCGUCUUCUCACGCUCAAGGUGCUCGUGCCGUUGAUGCACUCGAAACAAAACAUUGCCACCCCCGAUGAAGCCGUGCUGAUAAAGGACGCUUCGUCCCUCAUUACGAAGCAAGCGGAGCUCGUGGAGAAGUUUCUAGUCAAAGACUUUGUGGCCGAGACGGACCAGCCGACGAUCGCUGACUUUGCUGCCUAUUGCGAGUUCGUGCAGAUCGAAUUCAUGGGUAUCAAUGACUUUUCCAAGUACCCCAAGCUUUCUGCCUGGCUGAAACGCAUGAAGGCUUUGCCGCACCACGACGAGAUGCAUGCCACGCUGGACGAGUUCCUAUCUGAUCUUAAGCUAAAAACCAAGGCCAAGGCCAAAGAAAAGUCUCUGGCGAGCUCAUAA